CGCGGCCUGACGCGGCGGGCUCGACCUCGGGCCGGGUUUUACUGCGGCCCCGCGGCCUUAAAUCGUCGGUCCGUAGUCUGGGGAGCCUCGGCCUGACCUUGGAGCCCCGCCAUGGAGAGGUACCACGUGCUGGAGGUGAUCGGAGAAGGUUCCUUCGGACGAGUGUACAAGGGGCGGCGGAGGUGCAGCGCCCAGGUGGUGGCUCUGAAAUUCAUCCCCAAGGUGGGGCGGUCUGAGAAGGAGCUGAAGAACCUGCAGCGGGAAAUUGAGAUUAUGAGAGGCCUCCAUCACCCUAACAUCAUCCAGAUGCUCGACAGCUUUGAGACUGACAAAGAGGUGGUGGUGGUGACUGACUAUGCAGAGGGGGAGCUAUUCCAGAUCCUGGAGGACGAUGGGAGUUUGCCCGAGGACCAGGUGCAGACCAUCGCUGCCCAGCUGGUCUCUGCUCUCUAUUACCUGCACUCCCACCGUAUCUUGCACCGUGACAUGAAACCCCAGAACAUCCUCCUGGGCAAAGACGGCAUCAUCAAGCUCUGUGACUUUGGGUUUGCACGUGCUAUGAGCAUCCACACCAUGGUGCUGACUUCCAUCAAGGGCACUCCGCUGUACAUGUCCCCUGAGUUGGUGGAGGAGCGGCCGUAUGACCACACAGCAGACUUAUGGUCUGUGGGCUGCAUCCUGUAUGAGCUGUUCAUGGGCACACCUCCCUUCUAUACCAGCAGCAUCUUCCAGCUUGUCAGCCUCAUUGUCAAGGACCCUGUCAAAUGGCCUAAGGCCAUAAGCCCGGCCUUCAAGAGCUUCCUGCAGGGACUGCUAAUGAAGGAUCCCCGCCAGCGCCUGUCGUGGCCGGAACUGCUGUCCCAUCCCUUUGUUGCUGGACGGGUUACUGUGAUUGAUGACACGGAAGAGCAUGGGAUCUCAAACCCCUUCACCACCAAGCUGUCCCCAGAGCUACAGGCCCUGAAGGAGCAGCAAGCCCAUUCCCUGGCCCCUAGGAGUGGCCAGUCCAGGAUCCUGAGAAAGGCUCGGCAGAAGAUGGCUGAGGAGGCACAGAAAAAGGGGCAGCUGAAGGCAAAUACUACAUCUAUGAAGGACUCUGGCAAAGGACGUACCAGACUUAAACCCAGAGCAGCUUUUGAAAAGGCAGCCCUUGAGGAGGAGGAGCUACCAGCAUCCUUCAAAGAGAAGAAUUCAGGUGUCCUGCAAGGAAAGAACAGCAUGGCAGAGUGGCAACUGGAGGCGCCUAUUCCAAGCCCACGGGAGCACAGCAUCACACAAGAUUAUGAGCGGGAGUUUCCCCAGCCAGAAGCACUGCAGCUUGGUGUUGGCAGAGCAGAGCUGCAAGGCAGACAAAGCAUCGAGGCUGUGGACCUGGAGAGCGAGGAGCUGGAGAGUGAUGAGGAGUGGCAACACCUGAUCGAGGCCACGGAGCCCUUGGCCAUGCAGCUGAGCACGCCUCUGAGCCUCCUGAGGGACCCAGCCUUCCGGCAUCGUGUCCAAGCCCGGCUUGCAGAAUCUGCUCAGCAAGUGCUGGAAGGGAUGCUUGAGGGAGCAUCCCAUCUCCGUCCCGUACUUCGUGUUGUGGGAAAUCUUCUGGCUACCCACUGUGACUCUGAGCUGCUGAACCUCUUUUGCCAAGAGCUGAAUGUGCCAUUGUCCCUGCUGCAUCUGGCCAAGCAGAUGCUGGAGAGUGGCAGCACUAAGCAGCAGCCCUGGUGUAUCACAGUGCUGACAGACCUCAUCAUGGUGACCACAGUUUACUUCAGCAGUGAAUGCAGCCUAGAGGAGAGUGGACAGGACAGCCUACAGACUUUCCAGGAGAGUGCCAACCACUUCCUAGCCCUGCUGCCAAAUCUGCUGGCCGAGACAGCUGACAGUGAGAUGAGACUCUGCCAGCAAAGCCUCCUGUGCUUUACCCUGCUCUGUGAGAGCCUGGAUGUGAUGUGCCCCUCUAUCUCUGUCCCCUUCUAUGCCAGCCUGCGAGAGGAGAAUGAGCCCCUGCUGGACAGACUCCUUCAGGGAUUGAUCUCUGAGCAACCUGCUCUGCAAGGUGCAGCAAUGGAGGCCAAAUCAGCUCAUGACCAGAGACGAUGCAUGGCAGACCUUUUUACAGCUGCACUGGCAGCUGCCUGCAGCAUCCCUCUGGCACGGAACAGCUGUUGGGAAGCCAAGCAGCAGGUUGCUCAGGAGAUAGCUGGAAAGCUUAUGAAUGGAGAGUGCCAGCAGCUUGGGAAGUUGCUGGGGAAGCUGGAGCACCCAAAUUGCUCCUUGAAUGUUCUGAAGAUCCUCUACACUGGCUGCUAUGCCAGCCCGAGUCUGUGCCAGCACCUGGGGAAGAGCCAGCAAGUAUGGGACUUCCUCAUGCAGCUCUCAAAGGGCAAGGUCCCCAUGGCGGAGGUGACUCAAAGGGUGGCCUGUGAGGCCUCCCUAUACCUGCUGACCCUGCUUACCCUGCAGCCCCAGGCCUCUCCUUCCAGGCUUGAGGAGGUGGUUACCCUGGCCCUGGAUCUGCUCACUCAGUCUCCUGUCAUAUCUGUUGUGGGUGCUGCAGCAUUCCUCCUGACACAGCUUGAUCAGCGUGGGGUGCCUGUUGCACUUGGAGGAAAAGAAAUCUUAACAGCAGUGACAAACGCACUGAUGGAGCCUGCUGAGUUGCAUUUCUCCCUGCCUAUGGGUGCUGGUCUCUACGAUGGGAUCAUUUUCCUCCUGUUGAAGCUGCUUGCACAGGAGGAUGUAGCUGUGGAACAGAGCUUUUCUGCCUCAGAGUUGUGGAGCGUGGUGUGGCGUUGUGUUCCUGCAGUGCUUUGCAUGGGUGGCAGUGGAGCAGCACUGGAGGGAAACAGCCCAGAGGCAGGGCCCCCUGUGGCAGAGCCAGACUGGAGCCUUCUCUCACCUCAAGGCACACUGCUUUUCUUAAGCCUGGCCCUCUUCAUCUUCACUCGUGAGACCCACCGGUGCCUGCCUCAGCUCACCCAGUCCCAUGGUGUCCUCAUGAUGAUGCUGAAGACACUGCUGUCUCCUCGCUUCCUGGCGUGUCUGGCACAGACGCAAGCAAGGGAGAAUGGAGAGGCUGAGCUCAUCCCAGCUGUAGUGAUGCAGGCCUGCCAGCUCCUCUGUUUUCCUUUUGCCCUGGAUGUGGAUGAAGACACCAUAGCAUUAGUCAUCGAGGCAGUGAGAGACUCCCAGAUUCCUCCCCAGCUACUGCAGGUCUGCUGUCACCAUCUGCCUUUGUCAGACACUGAGCUCCCCAUGAGCCUCCUAUGCCGCCUUGUUGUGUCCGAUGAGCAGGUCACAGACCAAAUAGCAAGGGAGGCUGCUGCCUCAGAGCACAUCACUGCCUACUUGAGUACUGUCCUGUUUUCAGGCAGCCUCACGCUCACAACUGACCUGCUGUCUCUCUUGACUCACGUGGCUCGGACCUGUCCAGAGCACCUGCCCUUCCUCCAGAGGAUUUUAGGGGGUUCAGACAUGACCUACCACGCACUGACCCACCUACUCAGCCACCAGGAACACCCCAUACGGGCCAAAACCUGCAAUCUGCUGGGCAACCUGCUCCGCCAUAGCCAUGGCUUUCCCCAGGUGUUGCAGAACCAGCCUGGCUUACUGGAGAGCCUGCUGGUGUGUCUGGCUGAUGAGGAUGAGGCUGUGCGCAAGGCAGCCAGCUUUGCAGUGGGUAAUGCUGCUUAUCACGAGUCCUCCCCAGCCGGGACUCUGGGCAAGGCCGUGCCCAGGCUGACGCAGCUGCUGAGCGAUCAGCAGGCCAAGACACGCUGCAAUGCAGCCUCAGCCCUUGGCAAUUUGGGCCGGCGCUCGGCAGAGCUCGGGGAGUUGCUUGUGGAGAGUGGGACGCCACGCAUCCUCCUGGAGGUGGCCUGCUGGGAUCCCCAGGCCAGUGUGCGGGAGGAAGCACUUAUGGCUCUGUGCGCUGUCAGCCAGCACCCUGGGAUACAACAGGUGUUGCUCUCCCUCAGGGCCAGUGACCAGCUGGCUGCGCUAGCCGGCAGUGACUCCUGGCCCACGGUUGGGGGCAGCCCCCGGCCUUCAUCUGCACGCCACUGCCAGAAGCUCAUCCGCCUCCUCACACCCCUGCAGAGCACCUGAGGGAGCCCAGUGAGUCCACACAAGCUACGUGUGUCUGGCUCGUGCCCUGCGCUGCUGAGAAGGGCUGAAGCCAGCAGUCACCCCGAUGCUGGCAUCGGGAUGGGAGAAACGCACCUUCUGACCCACAGUGACUGCUGGCUGCCCCAGGGAGCUCUGCCUGGCCUCUCCGGCUGUGCCCUGGAUGCACUUAUUAGAGCUGAGGAUGAUGACACCUACAGCGCGUUGCUGCAGCACACCCGGGCUGCGUAUGGCUCUGAUCAGAAGCGCCAGUCUGCGGCGUUGUACCGAGGAACCCUUCUCACGUGGAGCUUUUUUCGGAACAAGUGCCUGCGAUCUCCAGGACAGUUCCCCCAUUUUCAGCCGCAGCACUGGGCGGUGGCCGUGCCCGCUCCUGCCGUCCGUCCUCACUGCGUCCCUCUAACUACCGCCUAUUCGGCCGCCAGGGGGCGCUGCGGGCGCGUGGCGCGGUGCACGUCGGGAGUUGUAGUCCUGCCCGCCGCCCGCGGGGCUGCCGGGAUACGCGGUCACGUGGCAGCGCGGCGCCGGCCGGGAUCCCCAUGGUAACGGCGGGCCGUCCGCGGGCGGUGCGGGUCGGGGCGCGGCGGGCGGUGAGUACGGGCCGAACCCCCCGCACCCCUCUUGAGGGCCGCGCCCCGUUUUCCGGUGAGGAGCGGGUCCCCGCGGGAGCCUCCUCGAUCCCGAUCUCCUUUAUCGCCGGGGCUCCCGCUUUAAGGCCUCCCCCCGGGAAAGGCCUCCGUCGCGGCCCGCCCCGGGGCUCGGCGGGUCCCCGCUGUGCUGCGGGAGGGCUGAGGCGCGGCCCUCUCGGCACGUGGCUGGAAGUGCGCCUGCGGGCUGCGCUGCCGCGUGUCCCGGCCCGGCACGUGCUGUGCCUGGCGCCCCGACCCUCCGGCACAACCGUUCUGGGGUUGUUUGGGGGCUGCUUCCCCACUUGAACCUCUACCUCUCCCCGUGUCUUCAACGCGGGCAGCUCUGCUUCUGAGAGGCAACCGUGUGGGGUGAGGUGAUUGCAGAAUGUGUUUCUUCUCGGAGUGCUGAAGCUCCGGUUUCAACUGGGAAGGGUCUUCAUCAUAUACCCGGGGCUUUUUUUUUUUUUUUAAUUAACCAAAAUAUACUAAGAAAAGAGGCUGGACAAAGAAUUGGUGUGUGUUGAACUAAUUCACAGUUCUUGUUUCCUUGUUUGCUGUUAUUUUAUACUUGCACCACUCACCACAAAACUUCCAUGCUUAUGUUGUUUCUGUGCCCCAGACUGAGCGCAGCCAGGCAGUGUGAGAGCGCAGCGACCUGUGCUGCUCUCUCCUGCUGUUCCUCCCACUGUGAAGCUGGAUGGAGAGUGCUGUCCCAUCAGCUUGUUCUGCCGGGGUCUGCAGGAAGGUGCUCUGGACCUUUUUGUUGUAACUGUCAAGGCUGUGAAAUGCUGCAUGUUUUAACUGCUUAUUUUUAACCCAGAUUUAUUUCCACACUCUCAUCAUAUCAUCGGCUAGCGGCUGAGGAGGUAUGAUUUAGGGCAGGGACUUUCCAGCUUCACUGAUGAGAAAAUACAGAAUUCUCUGCUUUUCUGUCACUGACCCCCAUUGGUGGCCUGGAGACUGUUGGCAGGGAAUCUCUGUUCUAUCAAUACCAAGAGGUUGCUAUGAAGGCUCAGGGAAAUGCCUUGCCCAGCCCUUAGAGCUGGGGCAGGGUGGCAGCCUUGCUGCUUGCUAGCAGUUUUGCUCCAUGUUCAGGACUUUUUGUUUUCUGUCAUUGCCGCUGCGCUCACAGAGCAGUCAGCCCACUGCUUCCAACAGUGUCUUGUUAGCACGGAGUUCAGCCCUCUGUUAUUUCAGCUUUCCCUCUGUGAUGAAGCCACAGCUUUUCUGCCUAAUCAUGCUGAAGUCCCUCGUCUCAUCUGGCACCAUGCGCUGACGUCCUGAAAGCAGUGAGAAACGUGCAAAGUCCCCUGUGACUCAGGCAGCUCAGCUCUUGUCGUCCAGUGCAGCGUGGAGGCCCCAGCCUGCGCAGGGAGCAGCUGCUUGCUUGUGCCCUGGGGUGAGGCCCUGGCUGGGCCCCAGCUCUUGGUUUGGUGCCUGCUGCCUGUAUGGCUGCCUGCCUUGCUUUGGGGAGCAGUGCCCUUCUCGCAGUUUCUCUUAGGUGUGGAAUUGAAAGUCACAGCUGUUCAAUGGAAGUGAACGGCCUCAGCAUAAAAGCAAUCCCUGGAUGCAGAUGGAAUUUGCUGACACAUCCAAACCACAUCUGGUUUCUCCCUGGUGUCUCUCCUUGACUGGAGUGGCCAAAUGCAAACUUUGGUAUCUUGUAGUCUGCACUGAAUAGGGGAGGAAUUGCUCAUUGCCCCACACCUUUAGUUUUGCACCCAGAAGAGGACAGCUGUCCUAUGGGCGUUCCUGGGGCAGCUGAGCUGUCUCUAAGCCUUCUUGUCCUUGCACACUUGCUUUCAUGGCUGGCAGCGGCAUCCCAUCCUCUUCUCUUGGAGCUCACGGGUGGCCUGAUGUGUUUGUGUAUGGUGUUGUGCAACUCCAUGCUGAGUUUGGGGCUGCUUCUUUCUUGGAGCUCACCUAAAUGAGGGUGGUUUCCAUGCUGUUGGAACAUGAGUUUGUGUCUUGUUACUGGGCAUACCAGGAGCUCAGGCACGCACAGUAAGUCACAGUGCUUGAUUCUGUUGAAAGCUUUAAUUUUUUUUUUUUAAGCUGAAUAGGUCCUUAUGAAAGGGGUAUUGGCUUUAAAUCCUGUUUGUGUUGUAUUGUUGUUAACUCUCUUGUUCAGGCAUUAAUGGAAUGCUGUAAAGCUUCAAGUGAGGGAUGUGGUGUGACCUCAGAUCUCCCUUAUUAAAAAACUUGAUCCUUUCUGACUGUAAAGAGCAAGGCUGAAAGCGUGACAUAGAAAAUAACACCAGAUCACACAUAUCUGACUUUGUUUCCUUUCCACUCCUGUGACUUUUGGAUGCAUGAGGCUGACAGCAUGUUAUCAGGUCAGCUCACAGCCCAUGCAUUUGCAAGCUCUUGUUAUUUUAAGUGUGUCACCACAGCUGAGUUUAAAAUAACCUUCCUGCUUAAACUCACGUGUCAGAGGCUUGCUUUGCUCCUGUGCUCUUUGGGGCUCAUCCUUUCUCUGGAAGCAGCUCUGCUAGGAGUCCAGCAAGGGUAGAGCUGGAGGAGCUCUGCUCCCCUGCUGCCUCUCGGUGGGACACACAGGGCAGGGGCAUGUGGUGGUCCCUGCAGUGUGAGAGUCGUCAGGGCUGUGGCUGCGCUCCAGCUGACGUCCCAAGCAGGCUGUGUGGUAAUAAAAGGUGCUAGCUGAAUAACUGUGAGCAGGUGCAGCUCUACAGUCACCAUAAUGUGACAACCUUAGCCUCUUUAUUUAUUGUGUGUCAAUAAGCCCAAGCCAAAAUCCAUUAAUUACCAGUAAUGAUGUUUGGGCUGGACUUCCAGCCCUGCCAAUUCACCCUGGGAGCGGAGCAGGGCUUUUCCCAGCUCAUGUUUCCACAAUAAGACUUCCAAAUGUUGUUGUACUGCUGUUGUGAGUGCCAGUGGGGACUGCUGCCCUUUGACCUUCCUGGCCAGACCCCUGCCAGAGGCAGAGGUGAGUGAAGCAGAAAGGAGAAAUCUCAGUGAAGGGCGCCCAGUGGUGAUGUGGUGGCUGUCUGAAGCCAUGGGGCUGUGGCAGCUGCUGUCCUGUGGUGUCCAUUGCCUGGCACCUGAGAAUGCUUGCAUCCCCUCUGCUUCUUCGGGAUGCCUCACUGAGCUGUCUCUAAGGUCACCCAAAGUGGAGGAAUUCUAGGGAGGCACUCAAUGCCCAUUGCUUGGGCAUUGUUUCUGGGCCUAGCAAGCCUCUUCCCUAUCAGGUUGAUGCAUCUCCUUGUCCUGCAGCUGCUGUACCACCGUAUGUAAGCCUCUGGUGCACUCCAAAUCCCUUGUUACAGCUCUAUCAGGGCAAAUCGCUUUUAUUUUUAUAGUGAGAUGAGGUGGGUAUAGCUGCAAAGCCUGGAGGGAUAAAGCACAGGUGGCUCCUGCUGGGUGGUCACACAUGGCCAAGCUGCCAGCAAGGCACGGUGACCUCUCAGAAAGAGUCCCCUGCAGGCCAGGACACUGGGGAUGCCUCCGUUAACCUCUUGGUAUUUUAAUUUUAGGAUUUCAUGUCUGUUUUCCUGGUGCGCUGGGGUCGCUUUAGGGUUUGAGUGUGCUUGUUUGGCUGGGCAUGCAGGUGCCAAGCUCCAAUACUUGUUUACUUGGGGGACUCGAGCCAAGCAGGUGGCAGUGUCUGAGCACAGCCUCCUUGCCCUGUGCUAAUCGCUGUGAAUGUCACAACAUGGCCGGGCUGCUCGCUGCUCACUGAUCGGGUGACACGGCAUGACCCAGUUCUGGAGGGCAUGUGCAGCUCCUGCAGGAGUGUUUUGGCCAGUGAAGGUGCUGCAGUGGAUUACAGAUUUGCUCUUGCCUCAUGCUAUGGCUCUACAUGGCCUCAGCAGGACCAGAACGCAAUAACCUGGGCCCCAGACAGGAGGAGAGCUUUGGCCUCGGGACAGACACCCUUGCAGCAGAGCGACAGCGCAGAGCAUGGUGCCUCGCCCCUCAGCAGCACGCGAAACCCAUCUGGGCUUUGGAGAGGCAGCAUGUGAAUGCCCACCAGGAUCUCAGCCCGCCGCCCUCAGGGAUCCCUUUGCAACAGUCAUGCUUCUUGUACCCGCCAGCACCGUGCCCAUCGCAUCCCAUUGAAAGCUCCCAGCCCUGCCCGGAGCUGUGUGGGAGCACGCUGCUCUACCAGCGCUCCUGCCUGAGAGCCAAACCCUACCACUUUCCUUUCUGGAGCCCCCAGGACACCAGCUCUGCCCCAAGAAGGGCAAUGUCUUCCUUGAUGAUGGAGCCCUGCCUGCCACCUGUGCUGCCUGAGGAGCAUGCAGGGUCUGGGCUGAAAGGCUCUGCCCUCAGCUUGGGCUCAGCUUGCCCUCAGCAGGCUUCCAGUUCCUGCAGACCAGUGCUCCACAGCAAUUCCUUCCUACAGCCAAGCAGUGCUAAAGUGCCUUUGCUGCAGUCACCGGAAAUGAAGAAGCUGAAGAACACUGCCAGUUUUCCCACCAUCUCAUGGCCACGCUCCAGGACUGAUGGAGACUGCUUCCCCCACAGCCCUGCAGUGCAAAGCAGUGACCAGGAACAAACC